AUGGAAAACAUGCUUAUAUCUAUGAAAAGAAACAAGGUUAUAACUAUCAUAACAACAAUUCUAGUGAUAUUUCUGGCCAUUAGCACAACUACGCUUAUCUGGCAAGUAGGGAAGCCCAAGAAAGCAAAGAGUGUCUCCAGUGCAUCUCCUGCUACGAAGAGUGGGCCCUUGGAGGAGAGUGAAGAAUUGUCUCCCUCGUCACUGCAGGGAGAGACUCCAAAGAGUGCUCCAGUAGAGGAACCAGCAGAACCAGAGGAAAAGAAGACAGAAGAACCAGAAGAAAAUAAGACAGAAGAACCAGAAGAAAAUAAGGCAGAGGAGCCAGCAGAAAAUAAGACAGCAGAAACUAGCGAAGAGAAUCUUACGUGGGCUGAAUGGACAAAGAAAUCGUUCUUCAGAUCUUUCAACUGGUUCUUCAGCUUCUUCCGAUGGGGAACUGCAGAGACUCCAGCAGCAGCAGCUCCCGUCAAUGAGAAAGUGAAGAAGACUCCAGCUCCAGUUAGUGAAGAAGUAAAGACUCCAGCUAAUGAAAAAGUGAAGAAGACUCCUGUUCAUGAAGUACCAGUUAGUGAAGAAGUGAAGACUCCAACAGCAGCAGCUCCUGUCAAUGAAAAAGUGAAGAAGACUCCAACAGCCGCAGCUCCUGUCAAUGAAGAAGUGAAGAUUCCAGCAGCAGCAGCUCCAGCUAAUGAGAAAGUGAAGAUUCCAGCUCCAGCUAAUGAAAAAGCGAAGAAGACUCCAGCUCCAGUUAGUGAAGAAGCAAAGACUCCAGCAGCAGAAGUACCAAUUAGUGAAAAAGUGAAGACUCCAACAGCCGCAGCUCCAGUUAGUGAAAAAGCGAAGAAGACUCCAGUUCAUGAAGUACCAACAGCAGAAGUACCAGUUAGUGAAAAAGCGAAGAAGACUCCUGUUCAUGAAAUCCAAACAGCAGAAGUACUAGUUAGUGAAGAUGUGUGGACUUCUGUCAGUGAAGAAUUUUUUACUCCUGUCAAUGAAGCGAGAGCUUCAGUAGUUCCUGUCAAUGAAGAAGUUCAGACUCCUGUCAAAGAAAAAGUUUUGACUUCUGUUGGUGAAAAACCAGUUGAAGAAGGUGAAAAACCAGUUGAAGAAGUUGAAGAACCAGUUGAAGAAGGUGAAGAAGUUGAAAAAUUUGAAGAGAAAGCACAAGAUACAGUUAGUGAGUCCCAGCCCAAGAAGAAAUAUGGAUGGAACGAGUGGAUAAAACGGCUUAUUGGAUUAGGCGAUGGGAAUGAACACUAUAUGGAUGAGUAUGAAGACUCUGUUUCACAGGAGGCGCUAGAGGAGGACAAUUAUUCAUCAGACUCUAGUUUCUCCCCAGAGAAUUUUCUCCAUAAACAAGAAACUAAACCAGAAGAUCCCAAGCCAAAUCCAAACGAAGAGACUCAGGAAAAAAAGAUCGAAGAGACUCAGAGGGAAAGAAAGGACGCUAGUGAACAACACAUCGAGAAAAUAAUGAAGGGUAUCAGGGAAAAUGCCAAGAAAGAACAGGGUAAUCUAAGGAGCAGAAUUAUAACUAAAAGAAUAGAGAGUGAAAUGACAGGCAAACAUAGGCCUACU